AAAAACUAUAGUCAAAGUAGAAAUGAUCAAAGUCAGUUCGACCCAAAUUUGGGCGAGUUUUGGGCAAUUUUUUUUUUUUGGCUAAAAAUUGGGUCGGGGCUAGCUUGACUCGUUUUUUAAAAAUUUGUGGGCAAGCUUGGAAAAGCGUUAUAUGCCAUUUAGUUGAUUUUUUUAGUCUGGCCCGAAAGGCCCACACGGCUUGACCAUUUUGGGCGGGGGAUUGUCUGUUUAGGUACGUAAUUUCCGACCCGAAACUUGGCCCGGAUCGCGGCCCAAGAAAUUGGCUAUUCUUUUGACCUUGGUCUAGCUCGUCCAAUGAUGACCUCUAAAUUAAAGAUAAAAUAUAAAUAGCGAAAAAAAUCUAAGGUAUUAGUGUGUUAGUUAUUUUGGUACGAAUUGAAGAGAGCGAGUAAUACUAAAUCUUCACAGCUUCAGUAGCCUACUGAUGCGGUGGCAAAGCUCAAAAAUCGAUCUUUAUACCAUGAAUUGCCAAGUAUCACCUACAUGCUAACGUGUGAAAGUCUAAUGCAUUUGAAUUAUAAAAUGGCUUUAUUAAUCCUUUUAUGUAUGUUUAUCUCAUCAUUUCCAUGCAUCCUUAUCAAUAUAUUUCACCUUCUUUAAACGUACACUAGCUAGCCUACUACUAAUACCAUUGUAACUUUGCUACGUUGCUUUACAAUUUUCUAUUACCUUACCCUUUAUCAAUUUCUUUGCAUAACCAUAUAGCUAGUGAUCGAGAAUAAUGUCAGGAGCACAAGGAGCGCAGCCGCCUAUGUCUUUUACGGCGACGACGUACGAGUCGGUGCCGGAGCAGAAGCAAAAGAGUAGGCCAAGGACCGAGCUAAGGUCUUGGGAGGAUGACAAGGGGAUUGAGAUUGACAAACUUCAAGACAAGGUUGAGGAUGCUGCCGGUAAAGGCGGUCCGGUUUUCGGGGCCGGUAAAGAUGACCCUCCUAAUAAGCAAGACUUGGGUGUUUCUGGUACCGGCUAGAUGGAGAAGUUUAAUUUGUACUUUGUAGUAUUAUCAAAUAAACAUGAUUUUCUACUUGCACUUUGUAAUACUUUUUAGAUUAAGGGUAGAUUUGUUGGAGACA